AAUGUCCGAGUACGAGUUAGUUGUUGUUAGUUGAAUUGAUUUAGAAUAAUGUCAAAGCAACUUGGGACAGUCUCUCAGUUAAGUAUUGAAUUUUAAGCAACUGACAAUGAAAUGUGUUUAAUAUCUGUAUCCAUGCGAAUACAAAGUGCGUUCCUUUGGCUCCUACUGCCCGUGAUCUGUCUGCUCUCUCACAAUAUGAAUGCCACGGGCUAUCGGCUCGUCAAGCGACAUAAUCGAAAACGCAUGGUCUGGCCGCCAAAUCUGUAUGCGGACUUUGCUGCCAUCAACAGUGUAGAUGGAAAGGAAAUUUCCUCGUUGGAUGGACCUGCAGGUAGUGCAGAUCCUCCAGGCGGAUCGACGGACCAGUCCAAGUGCAAUAAUGAUGGCAUUGAAAAGAAAUGUGAUGUGAGCAAAGUGUUUUCGCCCGGUGAUCCCAAACAAAAGUCCUCCAGCAUUGCGGUGAAGGCCGCACAGGAUGCAAAGGCGGCCAAUGAUGCACAGCAUGCGGCUGGCCAAUUGGCUGCUCAGCACAUCAAACAGGAGCUGGCCGAGAAGGCCUUUCAGUCGGCAAAGGCAGCCGAGGCGGCUCUCACCGGCAAACAGAUGGUCGUCCAGCAAUUGGAGCACGAGGUGCAGGAAGCUAAUGCGGUUGUCGAAGAAGAAUCCGUUUCCGUGCAGAAUACGGAGAACAAUAUGAAUGCAGCUGUAGAUGCGGCACGUGCGGCCACCCAACAAUUUGAGGCACUCACAGCGCUCCAAAAGACCUUCAAGGAUAAUCUCUCCAACAUUCAGACCGUGGCAAUGGGCUCCCAACAGGAAAUGACGGCCAAAGUGCAGCUUUUGGAGGCAGCCAGAAAUCGCCUGGCAACACUCCAAAAGCAAUUACUAAACGCUCGCGACGAUUACGAGAAGACAAAGCAGGCGGCGUACAAAGCAGCCUGCGCUGCUGUCGAGGCAAAGCAGAAGGCAUCCUCAACCAGCCUUGGGGAGCGAAGACAACGACGACAACGACAACGCCAACGUCCGCAAAGUGGCAGGCAGCAACAGCAGAUACGCUAUGCUGCAUAUUAAAAGCAACAUUAUCAUUUAUAAUUAUAUAUUUUAUAAAAACAUUUAGAUGGCUAAAAGUUAUGCGGAGUUGCGACAUCGUCUCAAUUGAUGUUAAGGAGGGUAUAAAACUGGAAUCGAAAUUGAAACCGAUUAAACUUUAGAACUGGAACUUAAA